AUGAACGGUGAUCAUUAUGGGGGACCUAUGGUGGACAAGAAUAACAUCAUAAACGUCCGAGAUGGCGAAUCCUUGUAUCGACAAUGCAUCAACCUGCGGAGACGCCUUUCCGGCGUGCCUGGUUUUCGACCCUAUAUCGAUGAGAUGGAGGAGCGCGAAAACGAUGGUGCCGACCCAGUAUCUUCCCUCUGGCAGUGCUUCCGCAGUGGCAUGCCACUUCUAGCCAUCUACAAUGCGUCCAAUCCCGAAGAAGGCGAUUUAGUGAUAAACACAAAUCUGCCGGAAAAGAAGUGGGGGAAAGAGGCGGCCUUCUUGUUCAUCAAAUCAUGCAUGAAACAAAUGAACAUUCCGUCUGCCGACACUUUCACUGUGACCGACCUAUACAGUGAUAAUACCACUGGUUUUCUCAAGGUUAUCAAAUUGGUGGAUCGGGUGCUCGACAUUCUCCAAUUGAGCGGCAAGUUGCAUGUUGCGACCGAUUCCGAAGGCUCGCGUGACGGCACCGACAGCCCCGCCAGCGCUAUUGACAAGCCCAAGAUGACGAAGAGGCAGUAUAUUCUCCGAGAAUUGGUGGAAACCGAGAGGCAAUAUGUCCAUCAUUUGCUGAAUCUGCAGUCGCUGAAGAAGGAACUCGAGGAGGUUGGUGCCCUGAAAGGCGAUGCAAUUCACAACAUUUUCCUCAACUUGAACAACAUUCUCGAUUUCGCUCAGCGGUUCUUGAUUCGUGUUGAACAGCAGAACGAGCUUCCUGAAGAGCAGCAAAAUUGGGGUGCUAUGUUCGUCCGCUACAAGGACCCUUUCCGGCAGUACGAACCCUUCAUCGCGAACCAAAAACGAUGCGAAAUUACUUGCCAGGCAGAAUGGGCCAGAAUGGUGGAAAGCAGUCGUAGCGAGCUGUCCAGGCAAAUGCUGGCCAACCCAACUAUUCUUAAUGGGUUUUUGUUGAAACCAUUCCAGCGCCUGACUAAAUAUCCUCUCCUGCUCAAGGAUUUGGAGAAGAGUACCGAUGACGAGAAUCUCAAGGCAGAUCUCGCAAGCGCAACAGCUGUCAUUCAAGACGUGCUCAUGCAGGCAGAUGCUUCUAUUGACAAGGAAACCCGAGAUGAGGCAGUGCUCGACCUUCAGGAACGUAUCGAUGACUGGAAAACGCUACGUAUCGAUACUUUUGGUGAGCUACUUCUCCUCGGGAGUUUCAUGGUCAUGAAAGAAGGCGCCCUUCGCUCCGACGAGAAGGAAUACCACAUCUACCUCUUCAGCCGGAUUUUGAUCAUGUGCAAGGAUAUAAACACAAGCAAACCCAAGAACAAGAUGAGCAGCAAGCCUGCCCUGAGCCGAAAUGGUAGGCCUCGAAUGAAUCUAAAAGGCAGAAUCUACUUCACCAACGUCACCAAUAUCACGCCCACAUCGAGCGCGGGCAAUUACGCGCUGCAGAUUUCCUGGAGGGGCGAGACAUCGGUCGAAACAUUCCUGAUUAAGUUCAGGAACGACACCGCUCUUCAGAAGUGGCAUACUAUGAUAGAGACACAACGCUCUUCCUGCCUCAUGGAGCAGAAGCAGCGCGCCACCUCCGAUACGGGAUUCCAAUCUCUUGCUGGAGCUAAACUCGAGAACCCAUAUGCUGGCCAGGACGAUGACGACGACAUGCCACGAGCAUCUCAAUGGUCCGACACGACUUAUGUCGGAAGCAAUCCUUCCUACUCCUCUUUCAGUAUGAGCCGCAAUGCAUCAAGCACUAGCCUGCGCUCUCGCUCAGCAACAGGCGGUAGUGGCGACAGAAAUCCUCAUUUAUCUCAGGGCCAGCCCCGUAUGCCGGGUAGUGGCCUGUCCUUGAACACGGCAGUUGGGAGCUCAACGCCUGAUCAGUACGGCAACAACUCUUAUUUCUCCCCAAUCGAUCGAGAUACACCGCCCCAAUCGGCAUCCACCCGAUCCAGCUCCCAAUCUGCGUUUGCAGGCUACCAUCGAAACCAUCCCUCGAUCAACGGUUAUCCUCGAAUGGAGGAUCAGUCAUAUCGCAAUACGGCUCCUGCUUUAGCAAGAAAUGCACCGAGCGGAAAUCCUUAUAUGCAACAAAGGGCACCAAACGGCCGUCCAUCGCUACCACCUGGUCCACAGCCCCCCAAUAUGCAGGCGCGCAUGCGGUCAGCGAGCAGUCCUGAUAUCCAUCCGAAUGUUCAAAACAGCCGCAAAUACAUGAGCGGAGAAAAUGUGCCCAACGUACCUCCGAUACCAUCGUAUGCAAAACAAAUGGCACCACCAAACCGAAGUCAGAACAAUUCACCUAGUAGUAUCGGUGGCCCUAUGCCCUUGCGGAGUCAGACUCCGCAGCAAGCGAAUGCGGCGGGCUCAGUAACUCGCCCCGGCAUGAGCGGGCCAAAUUACACAUAUGAUAGCUCAUAUGGGUCCGACCCUCGGAGGCAGCAAGGCCACGUAUCGCAGCACUCGACUGGCCGACCACUGUCACCAAUCCCUGCAGACAACCGUCCUGGACCGAUGGACUCGUACAUGCCCAGUCAGCUGAAGGCCAAGGUCUGCUACGAGGAUAAUUAUGUAUCCAUGAUCAUCCCGAGCAAUAUCCAUUAUCGCUCGCUGACUGAUCGUAUCGAUGCGAAGCUGGCGCGCUUCACCAACGAAUCGAUCGCUUCAGGGUCUGUGAAGCUACAAUACCGUGAUGAAGAUGGAGACUUCAUCCUCAUCGACAGUGAUGAAGGAGUUUCUGAGGCUCUCCUGGACUGGAAAGAAGCCAACGCCACCAGCAUAGGUCCGAAUGCUGAGCUGUUACUCUAUGCUCAAGCCACUGGCGCCGGAGACGGUUGA